AGUCCAGCAGCAACUUCAUAACCGCUUGGUCGCGAUUUUGAAAGUUAGAAGCGAAAUAGUCGCGUCAGUCAUGGUUUGCGGAGGGAUACGGGAAAAUUUGGACUUUUUGACUUACAAACUUGUACAGACUACGAAAGGAAAGUGAGCUGUAAACGUGAUUAAAUGGCAUUUGGGGUCAGUACAGCGACUCUACUGGACUGUCAGUUUUUAUACUGGAGAAGUGGAUCGUUUGGAUUGUUACGCUAAUCACAUCGCUGGAAUACGAAGGAGAUUUUUUAUUUUUUUAUUUACCUGAUUUGGAUUUAACUCCAAAAGUAGUGUAUUAAGAGGAUACAGAAAUGGGUAAUAUAGAAAGUGUGGACGGUCAGUCGGAGAUGAAGCAUCACAUUAUGCCUCUAAAGGUGCCAAUGCCGGACCCGACCGAGCUGGAGGAGAAGUUUGCCAUUGUUUUGAACUCUAUGAACUUACCGCCAGACAAAGCUCGGCUCCUCAGGCAGUAUGACAACGAGAAGAAGUGGGACCUGAUUUGUGACCAGGAGAGGUUUCAAGUGAAGAAUCCACCUCACACAUACAUCCAGAAAAUACGAGGAUAUUUAGACCCCGGCGUCACCAGAAAGAAGUUUCGCAGGAGGGUACAGGAGUCUACCAAAGUCUUAAGGGAGCUGGAAAUAUCCCUGAGAACAAACCACAUUGGUUGGGUCAGGGAGUUCCUCAACGAUGAGAACAGAGGUCUUGACGUCCUGGUGGAGUACCUCUCCUUCGCCCAGUGUGCUGUCAUGUUGGAUUUUGAGGGGCUGGAGAACGGGGAGGAUGGCUUCUUGGACAAGGCUAAAUCUUGGAGCAGGUCCAUAGAGGAUUUGCAUCAUAUGAGCACUCAGCCCUUCUGCAACACACUGGUGCGCUCUGCCCGCCAGUCUGUCCUUCGCUAUGGCUCAGUCUCCAGCAGCAAAACCAUCAAGAACUCCCGACUUGUCAGCCAAAAGGAUGAUGUGCAUGUGUGCAUCAUGUGCUUGAGAGCCAUUAUGAACUACCAGUAUGGCUUCAAUAUGGUCAUGUCUCACGCGCACGCUGUCAAUGAAAUUGCCCUCAGCUUGAACAAUAAGAGCUCACGGACAAAAGCCUUGGUCCUUGAACUGCUGGCUGCCGUCUGCCUUGUCCGAGGAGGUCACGAGAUCAUCCUGUCAGCAUUUGACAACUUCAAAGAGGUCUGUAAAGAAAAGCAUCGUUUUGAGCGACUGAUGGAUUACUUUCGCAGUGAAGAAGGAAACAUCGAUUUCAUGGUUGCUUGCAUGCAGUUCGUCAACAUUGUGGUCCAUUCAGUGGAAGACAUGAACUUCAGAGUCCACCUGCAGUAUGAAUUCACCAAGCUGGGACUGGAUGACUACCUGGAGAAAUAUAAACACACAGAGAGUGACAAGCUGUCAGUGCAGAUCCAGGCCUACCUGGACAACGUGUUUGAUGUGGGUGGUCUUCUGGAAGACGCAGAGACCAAGAAUGCAGCACUGGAGAAGGUGGAGGAGCUGGAAGAGCACCUGUCUCAUGUGACCGAGAAGCUUCUGGAGGUUGAAAAUGAAACAAUGAUGAAGGUGGCUGACUUGGAGAAGGUUGUCCUCCAGAAGGAUAAGGAUCUUCAAGCAAUACGGGAGACGAAUGAGUCGACCAACACGCAGGUCAACACCCUGAGGAGGGUGAUCAAGGAGAAGGACGCUGCCUUCCAAAGGCAUUUCAACAUCGAGCGGCGGCUGCUGGAACUGGAGCAGCAAGGCACGAUCCGACUGCACAAAAAACCCGAUGGAGACAUUGCCAUCGAGCCGCUUGGAGUCGGGGGGGUGGUUGGCGCGGUAGGAAGCGGCGGCCUUGGCAUCCCCCUGGCUGACAUUGGGGCGCUAUCUUUGUGUUCGACGUCGUCCCUAACGGAACCGGGAGGACCAGACCCAAGUUUGCCUCCAGCAAGUGAAGCUCCACCCCCACCUCCUCCACCGCCACCGCCUCCUCCUCCUCUGCCAAGUGCUGCAGGCCCCAGUGCACCAGUCCCACCACCACCGCCACUUCCUCCGCUUGCUCCACCUCUGCCUUCUCCCUCAGUCAUCCUGAGUGUGGGUCUGUCAGCUAUUAGAAUCAAGAAGCCAAUCAAGACCAAGUUCCGCCUGCCUGUGUUUAACUGGACCGCUUUGAAGCCCAAUCAGAUCAACGGCACCGUCUUUAACGAGAUCGAUGAUGAACGGGUGCUAGAGGUACUGGAUUUGGAGAAGUUUGAGGAGCUUUUUAAAACGCGCGCCCAGGGUCCAAUUGUGGAUCUGUUGUGCACAAAGAGCAAAGUGGCCCAGAAGGCUGUAAACAAAGUCACCUUGCUGGAUGCCAAUCGCUCCAAGAACUUAGCAAUCACACUGAGAAAAGCGAACAAGACCGCAGAGGAGAUCUGCAAAGCAAUAGAGAAGUUUGACCUGAAGGCCUUACCAGUUGACUUUGUGGAGUGUCUGAUGCGCUUCCUGCCCACGGAAGCAGAGGUCAAGGUGAUGCGUCAGUACGAACGGGAGCGGCGUCCACUGGACCAGCUGGCCGAGGAAGACCGCUUUAUGCUCCUCUUCAGCAAGAUCGAGAGGCUCACGCAGAGGAUGAACAUCAUCACCUUUGUCGGGAACUUUGCUGACAACGUCAACAUGCUCACGCCUCAGCUCAACGCUAUCAUCGCUGCCUCAGGCUCAGUGAAAUCCUCACCCAAGUUAAAAAGAAUGCUCGAGAUCAUCUUAGCACUGGGCAACUACAUGAACAGCAGCAAGCGAGGCUGCGUUUAUGGCUUCAAGCUGCAAAGUCUUGAUCUGCUGCUGGACACCAAGUCUACGGACAGGAAAAUGACGCUGCUCCAUUACAUAGCUCUCAUUGUGAAGGAGAAAUAUUCCGAGCUGGCCAAUUUCUACAAUGAACUGCACUUUGUGGAUAAAGCCGCAGCGGUUUCACUGGAAAAUGUUCUGUUGGAUGUGCGAGAGCUUGGGAAGGGCAUGGAGCUGAUCCGAAGAGAAUGUAGUCUUCACGACCACUCGGUCCUCAAAGGUUUUGUCCAGGCCAGUGACUCACAGCUGGACAAGUUGCAGAGGGACGCCAAGACUGCAGAGGAAGCCUUCAAUAAUGUGGUGAACUACUUUGGAGAGAGCGCCAAGACAACUCCACCCUCCGUAUUCUUCCCUGUUUUUGUGCGCUUUAUCAAGGCUUACAAGGAUGCUGUGGGGGAAAACGAACAAAGAAAAAAGCAGGAAGAAGCAAGGAGGGAAAAGUUACUGGCCCAAGAGGCUAAACAGCAUGACCCCAAGGUUCAGGCCCAGAGAAAGAGGCACCAACAGCAGGAACUGAUCGCUGAGCUGCGCAGGCGACAGGCCAAAGACCAUCGGCCCGUGUACGAGGGCAAGGAUGGCACCAUAGAGGACAUCAUCACAGUGCUGAAGAGCGUGCCCUUCACAGCCCGCACGGCUAAACGCGGCUCACGGUUCUUCUGUGAAGCCAACCUCUGCGACGACGCCAGCUGCUAGCCCCUCCCCCUCUUUAACGCCAAGAUCUGAGAAACCAGCCUUACCUGCGAGCUGAUGCCUUGCUCCGGAACGGUUGGAAGAGACCCUAAAAACCACUUAUUCACCCCUCGUACCACCAACCCCACCAUAAUCCACCUCUCCGUGUUGCCCAAUGGUCAGUCUUGACCCCGAGGCUGCACAUCACAAAGACUGAAAAAAAAAAAAAGAAGUAAAAAAAACAGGACAGAGGCCUUGUUUUACUCGGGUAAUUUAUUUAUUUAUGGAGGCCUUUUUACAGCCACUUUAAAGUGAGGGAAGCACAAAGGAUCAUUCUUCUUAGGACGUCACAUGGAGGACAGGUGAGCGGAGGGACCUCAAAGUGAUCGUCUCAUUCCCACGCAGCUGCACAAGGACAUGGACUACAAGGCAAUCGAGUGGAGACGCUGCCUCUGGGAUGUUUGGGAGACAUUUGGGGAUCCCUCACGUCUUCACAAUAUUGCCACUCGACAUUCCAAUAAGCCCAAAAAAAAAAAUCCAAACGUCUCAUAUUUUUGCCUCAUAUGUGCCUUUGAUGAUGUAAACAGUGUUAUGUCUUCCUAAUAUUUGUGUUGUACUUAACACCUUUCAAGAAUGUAUUGCCUUGUACUAUAAUAUUGGCCUUUAUGAUAGCAAUAUCAUUAUGCAAAAGUUACUUUUUUAAGAAUGUAGAGGGGCGCAAAAAAAGACUUUACAGACUUUGUGUGCCUUUUGGAACACUUUCUACCACUUGCUGAUGGACUCUCAGCCGAUGAGGAUGGACCUUUUUGUUACACUACUUCUUCCUAUGACGACAUUAAAUAUACUGUACAAUCAAAUCAAGAAAUUCACUAGAAAAAUGA